CAAAACAGAAUGGUCUGUAGCGUCAUGGAUGAGUGGGUGAGUGCGAGAGGUUUGUGCGUGUAGCUGUGGUGCAUGGCGUGACAUGUUGUUUUUCUGCAGACGAACAGUAGCCCAGCCAGAUCAAGGGUUACGGAGAACAACUUCAGGUAAGUUACCUGGGCGUACCCCUUGAGUGAAUACUCAUGUGAACGCAGAACAUUCUCGUGGAUUUGAUAGAGCUGUUGCCAUUCCUCUGGCGUGAAAACUUCGUCGGACAGUGAGGAAAACAGUUCACGCGUGGCGUAAUAAACACCACGUUGUUGGCCAACUGGUUGGAACUGGUUCCAGCUUCUCUUCCCGCAGUUACGGCUACAACUUCAGUACAAGACUGACUUUCUAGAGACUUAAAGAUGUCGUUUCCAGUAAUCAGUGGCCUUGUCAAGACUGUGGAGGCCUCUGCCAGACUGCCAUACCUUUCGAGAUGUGUCUUGGGCAGGUCUUACGGAGCCAAGAGCGUCAUGACAAGGAGAGGGCUGUUGUCUUACAUGAGACAGAACACACGUGGAAACUGUCGGGGGGAGAUGGCAGUCGCCAGAAACAGGAGAGAAGUGUUUCCAGUCACCAAGAUUCAAAGUUGUGCCUGCUACCACUCCCCACACCCUGACAUCACCAAUGGUGCAUCCCCAACAACCCAAGUGUCCAACAACCAAGGGGCCCUCAAGGAAGACGUGCAAGGAGAGAGCGCCAGUCUUGGGCAGGUGGAGCCUGAGAAGAUGCAGCUCAUCUACACCUGCAAAGUUUGCCAGACCAGGUCUGUGAAGGUCAUCUCCAAGGUCGCCUACACCAAGGGGGUGGUGAUUGUCAAGUGCUCCGGAUGCGACAACAACCAUCUGAUUGCGGACAACUUGGGGUGGUUCUCUCAAGAACAGGGUAGAAGGAAUGUGGCAGCAGUACUCGCAGGUCGUGAAGACCAGGUGCUGAAGUCCAGCCUCGAUGAGGGGACGCUGGAGAUCCUUACCACCAACACGCUGGAAACAUUGAAGAAAUUCUAGCAGCCAAAGGAGAGACAGUCCGCAGAAUCGCCAACACAGAAGAGCUGCUUGAGCUAACUGCAGAUGACAUCGCUGGGAAAGAUGCCAUGGACAAAGUGUGGGAGCAGAAUAGCAGAGUUGAACCCACCAACAAUGAAGAAAAAGAUGCAUGACGUUGCGUGGCUCUGUGAACCACAAAUACAUGUACUGUAGCAGUAGUAUUUUUGCAUUGAGUAGCGUGCCCCAAGACUUGUCAUUAUAAUCAUGCCUUUUUUAGAGUCAGUGGACUUCCAAUUGAAAAUUGAGAAGAAAAAAUGGUACAUUUGUAUAUGUAGUCAGCAUAAUUGCGGCAAGAAAUUAGAUGGAAGCCACUACAAGCGAUUCCAGUAGUACGGUAAUUCCUGAAGCAGUGCAAAAUACAAUAGGGGCAUAGGAACUUUAUAAUAUUCAUGGUACUUUCGGCAUAUCUGAUGUUGACCAAAUUGUAUUUUUUCACCUUUGAAUGUCCAACGAUGCCUUUAAAAGUAUUGUUACAGAGUGAUGAUUAGUUUUGAUAGGAGUUUUGCCAGGUGAAUUUUUGUAAAGGAGUAAUUUUGUACAAGGGUUACUUUUGGAUACUACUGGUAUGUUAUUAUGUUUAGAGAUGCAAUGAAGCUAAGAUUGUUGUAAGAGUAAGAGCCGUUGAAUUAAUACUUUGACAUUGUUAGUAAGAAGAGCCGUUCAAUAAAUGGGUACUGAGCCAUAUGAGAGAAUAGAUGUUAAAGUGUACAUGUAGGUGGCAAUAGCAUUGUCCAAGACUUCUCUAUUACAAAUAGAGUAUAUAGAUGUAUAUAUUUUGUUUAGAGACCUAGGAGCAGUAUUCUAGUCUUGCAUUUGCCUUUUGCACCAACUGCUAUGAUUCUGCAAAUCAUCAUCACCUCUGCAAUCACCAAACUUUCUUCAUGAUAUAUACCUAUCCCUGCACUAUUGUUUAUUACAAGAAAGCAUGGGCGAUAUCUUGUAUACCUUUACUGAAAAAGCCAUGCACAAACUUUCCUUUCUAUGCAUGCCUUCCUUUGCAAGACUUGGAAGUUGAUGCAAUGAUCUCUCAAUUAUCAACUUUAAGUGCCAGAUUUACAUGUCUGAGCUGAGCUGCCAUGUCAAGCUUUUCCUCUGCACAAUGAUGAGAUGGUGCAAAAAUUUUGUAAUGUUCUCAUACUUCAUAGGAUUUAUGGUAUACAGCUCUGAUUUUUUUGUGAGUAGUUGCCGUACAUGUUAACUGUCUCCCUGCUGAAGUGGACUUUUGGCAUCACUUGUAUUGGUUACAGGAUUAGGCAGGGAGAAGGUUGAAAGCCAAAGGCUGC